AUGGAUAAGACCCUAUAAAGAAUUAUUAGAUAUACCUAAAAACAUGUAGAUUCUAAUCAAAAUUGUCAUUUCGAUUAAUACUCAUUCAAUUACACGAAAGAUCUUUUAGGAGAAGGAUCUUUUGGUAGGUUAUAAUUCUUAAGACAAUUAGUGUUUAUCGAGGAAUACAAGGAAAUUCCUAUGUAGCUAUCAAGAUUCUCAAUCUCAAAUAUUAUGACAACCCUGCCUACAAACAAGCACUUAAAAAUGAAAUCACUCUCAUGAUGGAAUUAUAGAGUCCAAAUGUUGUGAGAAUAUUAGAUGUAUAAUAUAUCCCUAAUAAUAAGGCACUUUGUGAUUAACAUGAUAAUGAACUCUAUUUAAUUAUUGAAUAUUGUGAAGGAGGAGAUCUACGUCAUCUUUUAACUCAUUAACCAAACCAAAGAUUUUCAGAAUCUGCAGCUGUUGCUAUCAUAUCUUAAACCAUUUAAGGAUUAACAGAAUUAUUGCAUAAAAAUUAUAUGCAUCGUGAUAUUAAAGUAAUUUAUUAAUUUCAAAUUAGCCUGAUAAUAUACUUCUUAAGUAAAAUACCUAUAAAGUUGCUGAUUUUGGUUUAGCUGCCAAAAUUCCUCCAAAACAAGUCUUAAGAGGUAUUUCUAUCUAAUUAUGUAUUAGCUUAAGCAGGAACUCCUUUAUAUAUGUCUCCUUAAGUCUUAGAAUCUAAAGAAUACUCUAAUAAAUGUGAUAUUUGGUCUUUAGGAUUGGUUUUAUAUGAACUCCUUUUUGGUAGAACUCCUUGGUUAUGUAGAAGUUUUGAUACUUAUCUUAUGGAAAUUUAAACUAAACCUUUACAAUUUCCUUAUGAAAUUGAAAUUUCACCUAAUGUUAAAGAUUUCAUUAAAAACUGUUUAAAAAUUGAAGAACAUAAUCGCAUGAGUUGGUCAGAAUUACUAAAACAUCCUAUGUUAUAAUUACAAGGAAAAUUAAAGAGAUAACCUACUUAAGAAAGAUUAAAUUUUUCUGUUUAAGAAAGAGAAUAUUUAUACAAUAUCUAAUUAGUAUGUGCUUAACACAAUUUCUAAGCUAAAGAUCUCAUGAAAUAAUGUGGCAAAACUCAUAUUAAUUUAUAAGAAUUUUAGAAUAUGUUGAAAAAGAUUAUAAACCAAAACAAUGAAGAACUUGGUAGCAAAUUAUUUCAAAAAUUUGAUUAAUCUAAAGAUGGAUUAAUAAGUGCCUAAGAAUUCGAAUAUUUAUUUAGUGAAUAUGAUUUUGCACCUUUAAAUACUAUUUCUGUUUAAAUUAUUCAUGAAUUGUAAGCAAUUAUUAAAAUAUAUUAAAUAUCUUUGAAAUAACUAUUUGUACAAUUAGAUUAAGAUAAGAAUGGUUUUCUAGAUUAAAAAGAAUUUGAAUUUUUAAUUAAAAAGAUUGCACCUAAAUUAUCCUCUCAUAACAUUAAAGAAAUAUUCAAAAAUUAUGAUUAAGAUAAUGAUGGUAAAAUUAGUCUUAAAGAAUUAUAAUUUGUUUUAUAAAGCAAGAAUUAUCAAAAAUUAAAAAUAAUCUUGAAUAGAAUUCGUUAGACUUUAAUGAAAAAAUCAGUUUCUGUGAAUACAUUGUUUACUUAAGUUGAUAAAGAAUAAAAAGGAUAUCUAAAUUUCAAAGAUUUUGAAUAUUUAAUGAAUAAAUUAGAUUAAUUAAAUAGAUCUGACAUUUAAGAUCUUUUUAAUUUGUUUGAUGAAGAUGCAAAUGGAAGAAUAUCAUUAAAUGAAUUUUAAGGAUUAUUAAAUUUAUGA